CACGAAAGCGGUCACGUUUGGGUUUCCGGGAAGGGUUAUCUACUUUUCCACCGUAUUCAGAUAGACGGUAACAUCGGUGCCGUGUGCAGGAUAUUCUAGGCGGCAAGUAGCUUCAGAUCAGAUUCGAUUUCAUCAAGCUGCUACAAUGGCUGGUCACAGCCUGAACGAUGACAAAGUGCGCACUGUCGACGUCAUGGUGGAACGCAAUCUACUGUUCGAGCGGAUGUCAUUGUCGGAACCAGUGAAGCAGGCACUCGCUCGAAACAAUUUCAUACAUCCAUCGCCAAUUCAAGCACGAGCGGUUCCAUUAGCUCGAUGUGAUUUCGAUCUUUUGGUACAGGCAAAAUCGGGCACAGGAAAGACGCUCGUCUUCGCCAUCACCAUCGUUGAAAGGCAUGACACGGAGGUCGCUUUCCCACAAUCACUCACAAUCGUCCCAACGCGGGAAAUUGCCGUGCAGGUAGAAGCGGUACUCAACCGCAUUGGUAGCGAAUUGAGCAAUUUUAAGGCUCGUUCCUUUAUUGGCGGCAUGGAAAUUAGUGUUGAUCGAAAAAAUCUACAAAACUGCUCAGCUGUCGUCGGUACGCCAGGAAGGAUAUUGCAUCUCAUUAAAAGCAAUGUGCUGAACACGUCCUACAUCCGCACACUAGUGAUGGAUGAGGCGGACACACUGCUGCAGGCGAGUAUGCGUGGUGAUAUCGACAAAAUUGUGUGUGCACUGCCCGAAAAGCGGCAAACGAUCGUGUGCAGUGCAACGUUCUACAACAACCGCGACCGGGAGUUGCUAAGGUACAUGAACGCGAAGUUUAUUGGCGUCACGCCUAAGCGUGAGGUGCCACUUCUCUUCGGUAUAAAACAAUUCGUUCGGGAGCUACCAGCGGAGACCGAUAACGUGAAGGAUCUAAUGGCGAAAGUGGGCGUACUGAAUGAGAUCUUCCAGCAGAUAAACUUUUCCCAGUGUGUAGUGUUUGCAAACACGAUUGCUAAGGCGGAAACGUAUUGCACGUACCUUAAGAAGGCGGGCUGGCCGGCAGAAGUAAUUAACAGUAGCAUGGAGCAAAGGUUCCGCUUGAAAGCGAUUGAAGAUUUCCGAUCGUUUCGCGCCCGUGUGCUGAUCGCGACAAAUCUGAUCGCUCGAGGUAUCGAUGUGGAAAAUGUCAAUCUUGUGAUUAAUGCGGACGUACCGAAAGAUAAUGCCACCUACCUACAUCGAAUAGGACGUGCGGGACGGUUCGGAACGAAAGGGAUCGCAGUGACGCUUGUGUCGGGAGUGAAAGAUAUGGAACGAUUUCGGCGUAUCCUGCACGAUAUCGGUGGGAAUGAGAUGUUUGUACUUAAACUACCCCAGGGCCAAUUGGAUGAUUUGUGGCAAUUUGAAAGGUACGGAGACCGGUACGAAAAACUAUUCGCCUCGCAGAUGGUGCAGGAAAUCCGCGACAAAGAUGCCGACCAGAUGUUCCUCAAGGCGAUGAAGAUGAUCGGUGAAUUAAAGAAUGGUAGCGGUGAACCGUCACGAAGCAAUAACAACGAUGAUGUGAAGCUGGAUGAUAGCCUGGAGAAGUCAACGUCGGACGAAGAGACCGUGGUUGAGUUAGAGGCACCGAACGUCACGACCAAACUGGUCGGUGUUGCGCAACCCAAAGGAAAGCCCUCGAACGGGCAUGCCACGGAGCUGAAUGGAAAUAUAUCCCCGGGCAAACCAGAACAACACACCCAGUCGUCCAGCACGGUAGCCAUGGAUGGAUUGUCGAUGUCGAUGGAGAAGCUCAGUCUGGAUCGUGGCUUACAAUCGAACGGUGAUCGGGGCGCUAAGCGUCUCGAUUCAUUGAACGGAAACCAGAAGAAACCGGAUGGCAACGAACGGAACAACGUAAAGGCCGAAGAGAUUGAUAAUGACGAAAACAACGACGACGACGACGACGACGAGGAUGACGAUGAUUCUCCCAGACCAGGACCAUCGAAAAAUGGCGUAAAAAGUGUGCCAGCGUCGGCCACGAUAAGAGGGAGCCUUUCGACUCCCGUACCUGAUAUGGAUGGAACGCAGCUGUUGCUGCUGAAGGGUGGCACUAUCACGACUCUCGUCACCAGGAACGGCGGUGAUGAAUCCGACCUCGAAAGCAGUUCCUCGCUUAGCACGAAUGUGACGGAGAAGGUGGAAGUAGGAUCCGACUUUAAUGCACAGAUGUCCCGGCUUAAUCAAAUACCAGACCCGCGAUUCCGACAGAUCGGUUCGGUCGACUGCUCCGAUAUUGAUCACAGCUCGGAUAGUGAUGCAAACGGUGGCGAAUGUCCCCCAUUCGAGGCAAACAACGAUGCACUGUUUGCGAAGAUCAUGGAGCAGAAGGAGUUAGGUGUGGAGCAUCCGGAACAUCAGGUGCAGCUGCAUUCUAUCGAUGGUUGCAGUCUGGAGGUGCACGACGAUACAAUCAGCGAUAGGGGUCUGACGCGCAAAUGCUCCGUUCCGGAUGUGGUGCCGUGCGGCAUAUCGCUCGACUCUUCCCGCCUGCAUGGUGGUAACCGGGGUGCGCUAGCUGAAGAGAUCGGCGAGAAUGGUGAAGAGGGAGAGGAAAUCGAACUAAACUCCAAUACGUGUGGUUCGAACCGAGGUUCACUGUUUGAAGAAGAGGUCGAGGACGUUAUACAAGCGAACCUUCCCAACCGGAUUCGUUUCCAGCAGCAAGAUUCGCUGGAGGUAAAUUCGAACACAGUUGGUUCGAAUGUCGGCUCAACGCCCGAACCACCCGAGAUGCUUGAUCAGCAAUCGCUUCCCAUCAUCAAUCCAAUCGAGGCAGAUCCGAUUGGUCCGAUCGGGCCGGAAUGCGCAGCCCAUGACGUUGAUGAUAUGAUGGAUGAUGCGAGCUCCUACUCAUCGUACGACAGCGAUGCAUCCAAUUCGUCCUUUUUCGAUGAUGUCGACCGUGUGUCAGUCGCAUCGGCUAAAUCAACACCCAAAGAGAACGAUGCACUCACGUCCACUGACCCACUGAUGGUAGCAGGAGCAGCCGGUGGACCAACCGGUAGUUUGGAACAGAUCGGUGCCGUUCCCUCAAAUUCGGUGUCGGCCGCCGCUUCGCCGCAUCUGUUUGCCGUUCCCAGCAUCCCGACACCACCACUGCUUGUUAACGGCAUAAUCCCACCAGCGGUCACUAGCACGGUCGUCGGUGUUGCCGGAAAUCCACCACCAGUGCAACCCAUUAUUGACGAAGAGCGCUCUCCUCGAUCGCCUGCGUUCAUGGCGCGCAUGAAGAAUGUGUUACCACCGUCUCAUCCAACACAGGCAUCUACAGCGGCAGCCACCGGUCCUCCGAGCACCACACAACCGAUGCGCAGUGAUGCUCACGCAACCGCACUCUAUCACCGGACAUACGCCCUGUGGAGCAAUCAGUACUGGAAUCAACUGACACAGAUCAACGACUACGUACGGUUUGCGGCUUACGCUCGGCGCAAUGCUUAUCGGAGUCCUUAAACGGUGGGUGGCAGCAUUACCAUAUUCUACCUUAACCGGUAAAUAGCUGAACAGAGGAAAACGCAUCAUCCUACGAGUGGAUUUACGCUGUGCUAAGACGCAAACGGCAACUACAAUCCAAUAAAUGCAAACGACAAGAUAAUGCACCAUGUGAAGCGAGCGGAGCAAAGACAGGUAAAAAAUGGCAAAUUAAAUUUGAUAUCUGAAUGUUACAACGUAAAGCGUUAUAUAUAUACACACACACUUAAACAGAAACACUAACUAAAAAAACACUCAAUAACACGUAAACUUACAGCAUAUUCUGCCCGUGCUCGUGCGUAAUAUAUACUAGAGGUAUGGAGCAGCAUUAGUAUAGGACACGGAUGGCGAUUCGAGAACCUGUUGUAAUGUUUAAUCUACUAACAUUUAAAACACCACAUAACCGUCAAAUCGUUGGCUAACUUGUUGCAUUCGAGGCAAGGCCGCUUCCAGGUUGCGCACCGUAAAAAUGUAGCAAACAAAAACAUAAAAAGCGAAAGGAAUAAAUCUUUCUACUUUAGGACUGAUUGUUUGCCGACGGUUCAUGUGGAUAAGUGCGCAGGUUAAGAUUGGUUUUAGGAUAGGAAGAGCCGGAGAGAGCCGUGCUUUGCUUUUUUUAACACAAUAACCAUAAUUCCAAUGGAGUGCUCGUAAAGAAGAAAACGAACGAAUGAACGAGGAGUUGUAAUUCCGGGUGGUUCUUAAUAGGCUAAGAUAUGGUGGAGAGUGAAAGAAAAGGAAUAAGCUUCUAAAGCUACGAUAUGCUGUUUUAGAGGCACUCUGCUACAUAAAAUUAUAGGGAUUCGCUUGUAGGUGAAACAUAUUUCAUUUGCAGCAUUUUUGUUUGUUUGUUUGUUAUCUGUUUGUGUCUCUCUCUCUCUUCUUUUAAUGAAUUCACUAUAAAGGAACAAUAAUCACUACCGUGUCGUAUUGAAUACAAGUAAGAGCUAAGAAAAAUAAACCAUUGUAUAACUACUAGUGUGUUCCAACGCACAAUAAUGGGGUUUUCUUUUUUUUUGGUUGUUAAGUUAAAACUCGUACACGGAGCUUCAUCGUGCCGCUUUAGGCAACCUUUUAAGGAUGCAUCGUGCACAAGAAUGGAACUAGAGUCACACAUUGGUUGGUGCUUGACCAUAUAUCCUUGCCUAAAUUGCAGCAAAAGGAAUAAAAGU